AUGGCAAAAGGUGUGAAUCGCAUUUUUCCUGACAGAGCAGCUGACGAGACACACCAGCUUAAUACUACAAACAAGACGUUUCUAAUUGAGCCUCGGUGUACGGAAGUGACUCCUGUAGGCGAGCCGUUCAGCUGCGCAUCGAUUUGGCUUAACAAGGGCAGCAUCGGCGCAGGUCAAGUCGUGCAGAUCUUAAGCUGUGUUCGAUGGCCAGGUUACCAUCUGCGUCUUGGUAUCGUGCUGCGGAAACCGAUCGCAACAUGUCGGUCCAUUGCGCAGGUUGGUCAGCGAAGCCAGAGCGAAAAUGGGACUGAUUAUUUCAGAGUACGAAAGCCGAUAAUGACGGAGAGAGUGGUCGCCGUGUCGGACACCGUUUCGUUUCGGGGGGUGCUGCGACGGCUGUUGACCAUCGCCGGUCACCUGAGGUUGAAAGGUGGUGAAGGAGCGUGA